AUGGCCGAUUUGUUAACGCUAAAAGAUCUCGGCUAUCGUUUUGAUAAGAAUGGCGAGUUCCGGAGAAUAAGCGAUAACGGACGUUUCGUCUUUACGAACCAAGAAGGCUAUGAGAAAUUGGGUAACAUAAUGACUACUGAGUUGUAUUCCAUUCUGGAGGAUCAGUGUGGUCUCGCGAGCAAAACUCCGAGGAAGCGGAAGUUAUUCGAAGAUGAACAAAAAAAUCUGAGUUUUGUCUACGCUUCCAGUGAUUUUCGCGACAAGUCCACUGUAGUUCUCAUCAUUCAUGGCAGUGGUGCAGUACGACCUGGGCAAUGGUCUAGGAGGCUCAUACUAAAUGAGGGUUUGAAUGUUGGUUCGCAAAUUCCUUACAUUCAACGUGCCCACACUAACGAUUGGGGUGUUAUUCUAUGCAACACAAAUACUGAUGAGAACGUAAGUAACGUUGUUAAAUUUCUACAUGCUAAGUACCAUGUGAACAUGUUUUGUCAGGAUUUCGCCCAUGCAGUAAGGAUUUAUUAUCUUUACCAUUAUUUUUAUACGACAAUAUUCAGGCAACUUUCUUUGUAUAUAUUUGUCGUCGUCUGUCUUACGGAUUCCGUUCAUUUUAAAAUGCCAGAUUGCUCGUCAGAGGCUAAAGGACCAGUGUUUAUCAACUGGACAGCGGACAACAAUUUUCAGCAGAUUGGUAUUUCAGAUAAGGACAAUGCUAAUAUGUUUUCUCGAGUUCACGAGAUCUAUGCUGGUUUGUUUAUUUUCAUAUAA